AUGUUAAUCAAACCAAUUACAGAAACUAGAAAUCCACAUCAUAUAAUAGACGAUGAAGAGGAUUUAAAUACUGAAUCACCAAACCCAAUUCCUAAAAUAUCAAUAGAAUUGAAAGAAGACAAAGACUAUGAAAAUAUAUUAAUAGUACCACAUACUUUAAGUUUAUUACAAGAUCAAUUACCUAAUCAAAAGGAAAUUGGAACUAUAUCAGUUAAAUAUGAAAAUUUGAAGUUGUUAAAUACGGAGAAAUUAGAGGAAUAUGAUGAGGAUGAACAAUUAUAUGUAUCAAUUCAAAAUGAGUCUAUACUAAAGAAAUAUCCCAACAUUGAUAUAAUCAUAUAUGUGUCAAACAAUUCAAUAGCUAUAACAAUACCUCAUUUUCAAAAUACAAUAACUUACAAUUUAAUAUCAACUGAAUUAAUCAAAGCAUUUGCCACUAAAGUUCAAAAUUGGAUCUUAUUCUCCCAUUCAACUUUAAAUAAUAAUCAAUCAAUAAAUCAAUUAUCUUCACCUUCAAAUAUAAAAGAUGUACCAAUUUUGAGACCUCCUCAUUCAAUAACUGGCAUUAAUGCAGCUAUUGUCACCCACUUACCAACACAAUCUAAAUAUAACUUGAUAGUUUUAAAUUCAGAAGGACAAUUUGGAUUUGAAAAAUCAGAUAAUGAAGCAAUUAUAAACUCAAGUUACAUAUUAGUUGAUCUACUCCAUAUUCCUGAAUCAAAAGAGUAUUUAAAGAAUAUAAGCAUUAAAGUUCGUAAAUUCAAUGGAUUUUCAAAUUUAGGAAUGUAUAUUUAA